CGCCAGUUCCUGAAUUUAGUCCUAGAAAAUUAGUUCGUUUGGGAUGUAGCCAUUAUCUUCUGAUUGUGGACUUCGCUCCAAUGUGGUAUAUUUAUGACUUGUCUGAGAAGAAGCUUGUGGCAAUAGUGCACGUGGAUGGUUUGGAGGAGGAUGAUGUGCGGGUAUCAAAUAUUUUUUGUUGCCAAUACAGUAGCAAAGAAAGUUUGAUUUAUAUAUUCACGGAACACGAGGAAGAGGAAGAACUUCUUCAGUUUGUUUCUUAUGCCAGAGUCAGGCUCCAACUCCAAACUUUUUCUGCCAAGAUUGAAUCCAAGGGUUAUCUUAGAGUUGGUCCUCAUUACAAAUACCAUAUAUUUGCUGCUGGAGAUGAAGGCAAUAAAGAGAAGAGUGUAGUUUAGUAUACGGGUGUGGUGUAUAUUAGGAAUUAGAAUUUGAGCAUGAAUGACAAAGUAGCCAAAGAAAGAAGUGAUGGAUAGCAAAGUCAUAUGAAAGCUGUAGCCACCUUGAAUCCAACUUUGUUGCCAAGACAUGCAUGCCAUUCUGCCUUUCUACAACUAUACAAAUAUUUUGUAAGCUAUGUAUUUACCUCUUUGGCCCUGAAACACACGACUCAACAUCUCCCAAGUCUAAGUGCAAUUCAGAUGUAUAUACUCUUUUAUCAUCAUCCUGGAAAGCAAGCAAUGAUUUUGC